AUGCAGUUAGAGAUUUUGAAGAAAUUGAAAGAGAUUGUAUGUCCGGGAAGCACUUUUCUUGUUGAGUCGGAGGUGAAGCCCAAAACACGUCCUCGGGAUCAUAAGAAGAUCAAUGUUUCUACCCGUCGUGACCCGGACACUCAUAUCACUAUAUUAACUUCUACUCUAGAAAUCAAGAAAAAACAACUUGUUAAGGGAAAGAAGAAGGUGCGUGCGAAGGGGAAGGUGUACAUUACCAGAACAGUAAAACCUAGUGCAUAUGUUGAUGUUUUCCCUUUUGGGUUGAAACCAUACAUUAAGUUUGCCAAGGAUGUAGCCACAGAUGGGAUUUGUGGUUUCAGGUCUAUAGCUGCUUUAAUUGGUCAUAUAGAAGAUGAUUGGGCUCAGGUUAGGCGUGAUCUUUUGGGUGAGCUGCACACACACAAAGAGGAAUACGUUACACUUUAUAGGUCCUAUAAAAGGUUUGAAGAAUUGACAAGCAUAUUGUCAUACUUUGAAGACAGUUCUGGCUACUCACAUUGGAUAAUUAUGCCAGACAUGGGACAUCUUGUUGCAUCGUGCUACAAUCUUGUGUUAUACCACUUGUCAUUACAACAAUGUCUCACCUUUUUACCUCUUAGAACAGUGCUAGUACCUCAACUUGAUAGACGUGAGAUUGCCAUUAGGUUUGUCAAUGGAAAUCAUUUCGUCCAGCUAGGUCAUCUAGUUCCUCCUAUAGCCACUAAUUGGUGA